UUGGCUGCUUUCGUUCACGUGAUCAAAACAUAAUCAUGGCGGUCACCGCUGGAGUUCGGUCGAGCGUGGGGCUGACUUUGAGACUUUCUAGAGUUAUACCAGAUUGUAGCACAUGUCCUUUCAACAGGUUGAAUAGUUAUUUGAAUGGUAUAGCUCGUUCGUCGAAUGUUGAUCGUUUUCGGACGUUGAACCGACACUUGCAGACAUCCAAAGGUCUGUACCAAAGUGAGGCGGGUGCAAGUGCAGAAGACCCCCAAGAAGAGGUGGUGAAUGUGGUGUACAUAGAUAGAUCAGGACAGAGGAUUCCAGUGAAGGCCAAAGUGGGAGACAAUGCAAUGUACCUGGCCCAUAGGCACAACAUUGAACUGGAAGGUGAGUGCUAAUAGGGUUUGUGAUGACGUCCUGAGAGAAUUCAGGUCAAAAGUUGGUGACUGAU